AUUGCCACCGAUAGGUUGCGACAACGAAUCCGCACGAAUCCAUGAGCCCUCGCACCGCCGAGUCUUCCAGCUCCUCCCGUUCGCCCAGUCGCCCAAUCGUCAUGUCCCAGACGCAGUGCCGCCAGUAAACAACCGCAGCCGAGUCAAGUCCGCCGCCCGCCGUCAGCGGGAGCAGCAGCGUCAGGAGUCCGGAAUCCGCAACCCGGAAUCCGUUUCCCGGUUUCCGCAACAGGUUGCGUCGCCUUCGCCAUCAGAAGAAGGGUUUUAGUGCGAGGUUUUGUUUUUUUUGGCCGAGCGUGGACGCAGCCAGGAUGCAGCAGCGCCGCCAGCCGGCGAAUGGCAACGGAGCAGGAGGAGGAACUGCCGUUGCCGCCGCCACCAAAGCCGUGCGUUCGGAGGAGCAACAGCCAUUAUUGGGUCAGGAUGCUGGCGCCAAGGAGGCGGGAACGUCGGGCAAGGCAACGGGACGCGGCUGCUACUUCUCGCUGGCCUUCUCCAUUGGUUCGAUGGGCCUGGCCUGCGGCAGCCUGUGGCAGAUACCCAACAGCAGUGACCGCAUCUCGCUGCAGCGCGGCCUGGUGCUCACCUCGCUGGGAUUCAUCUACUUCGUUUCGCUAACGGACUUCUGCAACAAAUACCUGCUGGAGACGACGCAUGGCCAGCGCUUUCGUCGCAAGUACCGCCUGAUGAUGUCCGACGUCCUGGAGAUCACCAACAAAAUCGUGUCGGCCAUCCAGGCGACAUUCUCCUUCCUCGUGGGACUCAUCGUCUGCAAGUCGACGUGCACCAAAUCCUUUGUAUAUGCAUCACACUUCUUGAUGGAGGCGUACGGCUGGUUCGGCACCGCCUACUUCAUGUACGACAUCUGGUCGAUGUACAAGGUGCACACCCAGAAGAUCGCCGAUAAGCUGCACCUGCUGCGCAUUACCAAGGGCAGGGAGCAGGGAGCGGUGGUGAGCAAUGGUCAUGCCAAUGGCAAGGUCAACGGCAGCAAGUCACCGGCAAGUGGCAACAACAACGGCAGCACUCCAACCAAUCUGCACGAGAUCUGCGACUACGAUGGAGCCUGUGUCCAGAUACCCAAGGACGGUAGAUGGGACUUCCUUAAGUACGUGGUCACGCACCCGGUCAUGAUGAUACACCAUGUCUUUAUCGGAACCUUUGGAUUGCUGGUGGUGACGUACAUACGCGGUGGCGGCCACUGUAUCUAUAGCUACAUGUUCAUGAUGGAGUUCUCCACGCCGUUCGUCUCGUUGCGCAGCAUCCUGAGCACCAUGCGCCUCAAGGACUCGCGCGUGUACAUCGCCAAUGGGCUGCUCAUGCUGGCCACCUUCUUCGUGUGCCGCGUCUGCAUGUGGCCAUACGUGAUGUGGCGCUACAGCCUGGCCAUUGAGGCUGCGUCCCUGUGGUCGGCCAUGUGUGGCCUGCCACGAGGAUGCCUCAUCAGCAUCGCUAUACUGUUCUUGCCACAGCUCUACUGGUUCUAUCUGAUGGUUUUGGGGGCUCUCAAGGUCUUUCUACCGCAGAAGAGGCGGCCACCUAAUGCAGUUCUACCGGCAAAGUCUGCGACCACGCCCACCCCCACCGCCGUCGUAAAUGGCAAAAAUUAGUGCAAAUUGUAUUUAUUUUGAGGCAGAGUUCCAGCCGCAAACGUAUUGCGGAGAUCUUGCUAUUGUUUAUACAUUUUUAACAAUUAAUUAUACAACAACUACAACGACCCACAACGUCGAAAGCCGAAAACUGAACGCAGAAUCGUGAGGAUGGAUAGAGAUUGAACACGGCAGCGGAAUCGAUGGCGGAUAACAAAUGAACAGAAGACAUUGAACAGAAAUUUAGUGUUAAAAAGGCAUUAUAUACUAAAAAAACUAAAGAACACGAAGAACUAAGAACGAGAACGAGAACAAAACUAAAACCAAAUGCAGAUAAAGCGAAUAAACUAUGUUGCUUAUUUUUUGAAGCAAGCCCCCUAAACAUAAA